UCUGCGCUCACAGAUUCAUAUAAUUUUAAGUUUUCAUUGUCUGAAAAUGCAAAAUGAUAACCAGCCUUCAAUCUUGGAAAUUACUGUAGUAUCGGCUCAAGAUCUUAGCACAGCCAGCUCUUCAGCAAUCUUCCAAGGGCGCCUCCGGCCUUUCGUUACCCUCAACGUCACUGUACCGUUCUCACCAACCACCACCAGUAAUGAACAUAUUCAAGGGUACAAAACAAAGGUUGAUUAUAUAGGAGGCAAAAAUCCCACAUGGGGUGACAAGUUUCGGUUACCUUUUGAUGUCACAUUUUUUUACCAGAUACAUUUUGGAAUAUGCCUCAAACUUUACACUAAACAUCUCUUGUGGGGUCAUACCCAGCUGGGAUGGUGUCGGAUUCCGGCAGCCGAUAUGGUGGAUUGUUUGUUUCUGGCAAGGUCUAUUCGAUUCCUGAGUUACAGACUAAGAGCUAGAGAUGGUUCAAGGGGGCAUGGGAUUGUUAAUGUUGCAGUAAAAUGGGAAGGUUCAACACCACAGGUACACCCUUCAAGGUUGUUGAUAUUAGAUGAGCCACACUCGCCAGAAAAUGGUGCUAGUGAUCGGAUGGUGAUCGGGAUUCCAGUGAGAACGUCGCCGGAUUAGGAUUGAUCAUUGGUUGUGAAUGAUCUAAAGUGGCCAGCAGAGGAGAAAGUGAAUAUGCUAUUUAUCCGAGUAAAGAAUGUGUAUAAUAAAUUUUAUUAUUUUGGUUUGAGCUUGUUAAUUAUUAUAAUUGAGUUCAAUGUUCUAGGAGAAGCUAUCGCUCUAAAAUAAUUCACCAUCUAGACAAGGACGGAGCCAAGAGAGACAAAUUUUUUUUUCCGUCUUUUUUUAUUUUUAAUAAUAAAUUCAUAGGAAAAAAAUUCCCUACCUAUAAGACUAACUGGUUGGCCUACCCCACCCCCCUUUCUGUAUCUAGUCUUGUUUUGUAUUAAAAAGUAUUUCAUGGAUGUUACAAGGUUAUUGAAAGAUGAAUUUAUUUCUGACUGUUGAGAGGAAUGUAGAAGAUAUCAUUGAGC